UUAAUUUUAUUUUCCCAGAAUAGUGAAUACCAAAACCCAAAAACCUAAACCCCCCAAAACCCCAUUACUCGGAGCAUGAGCUCCACCUUCUCGGUUCACAGCUCCUACUGAAAAAACGAAUGCACCAAUAAAUAAUUUCACGGGCAACUAAACCCACAAGCCGCCCUCUCUAUCUCUCUAUCUCUCUUACUCCUCCAUCCAGCUAAAGAGGCGGCCGCCCCAUUCCAGCAUCUGGGUGUGUUUCGUUUUGAGCAAAAUCAGAGAAUUUGAUUUAUUUUUUUGGGUGUUAGUGUUUCUGGAGGCUGCAAGUUCUAAUGUUGGUAUUGGAUAUUGCAUUAGAAUCUUGAUUUUGAGUGUUAAAUAUUUUUGGGAUUUCCAAUUUGUUUUGAGGGUAUUGGAUAUUUCCUGAGAAUAUUGAAUGAAUUCUAGAUUUUGAUGGAUGUGUAUCUUUCAAUCUGAGGAGAUUUCUAGAACAUGCUCUCUCUGCGAUAUGUUCGCAGAUUCUAUCAUGCUGUUGCUGCCGUUUCAUCAACUGAAAGCCCUGCAGCUGUAUCCAAUUACAUUCGGAAUCCAAAGCCAUUAGAAGAACCUGCUCUUGUGAAACUUAAGAACGAGCGGGACCCUGAGAAGUUGUUCCAUUUAUUUAAGGCGAAUGCACACAAUCGGCUUGUCAUUGAAAACCGUUUUGCAUUUGAAGACACGGUGUCUAGGCUAGCUGGUGCAGGGCGCUUUGAUUACAUCGAGCAUUUGCUUGAGCAUCAGAAGACUCUUCCCCAGGGUCGGCGUGAAGGGUUUAUUUUGAGGAUUAUAAUGUUGUAUGGUAAGGCUGGGAUGACUAAACAUGCUCUUGAUACUUUUUCUAAUAUGCAUCUGUAUGGGUGUCGAAGGACUGUUAAAUCUUUCAAUGCUGCACUUAGGGUUUUGACACAGACACGUGAUUUACAUGCAGUUGAGGAAUUUCUUAAUGAUGUACCUGUGAUGUUUGGUGUUGAACUGGACGUAUUUUCAGUUAAUAUUGUUAUUAAGGCUUUCUGUGAAAUGGGUGUUUUGAAUAAAGCAUAUUUAAUCAUGGUAGAGAUGGAAAAGUUAGGAAUAAAGCCAGAUGUGGUUACAUACACAACACUUAUUUCAGCAUUUUAUAAGGAAAACAGGUGUGAGAUUGGCAAUGGGUUGUGGAAUCUAAUGAUGCUAAAGGGGUGUAUACCGAAUCUGGCAACUUUUAAUGUUAGGAUUCAAUAUUUGGUUAAUAGGAGACGAGCAUGGCAAGCUAAUAGUUUGAUGGAUAUGAUGCAGAAGCUUGGGAUUGCACCUGAUGAGGUUACCUAUAAUCUGGUAAUCAAAGGGUUCUGCCAGGCUGGGUAUCUUGAAAUGGCCAAAAGGGUCUAUUCUGCUUUUCAUGCCAAGGGGCACAAACCCAAUGUUAAGAUUUACCAGACCAUGAUUCAUUAUCUCUGUAAGGGAAGGGAUUUUGAUUUAGCAUAUACAAUGUGUAAAGAUUGCAUGAGAAAAAAUUGGUUUCCAAAUGUGGAUACCAUUCAUACGUUGCUUGAAGGCCUUAAGAAGAAUGGGCAGUUUGGUAAGGCCAAGCUGAUCCUGACAUUGGCUCAGAGUAGAGUACCUCCUUUUUCUUCAAGCCAAUUGGGUGCUUUGAGGUCCAUAUUGUCCAGGAGUUAGUAUAAAAUGAUGAACUGGUGAACCAGUAAUUGUUUGAUUAAUGUAACAUGACACAACUCAGCAGAAGCUGGUAUUCUUUUUACUCAAUUCAUUUGUAAAUUUGGGAAACUAAUUGGAUACGGCUUUUUCAUGGCUUUACUUCAUACCAAAGGCAGAUCCACUUUACUUCAGUUAAUUCGUUGUAACACUUGAAUAAAGAUCGUGAUGAAUUGAGAGUUCUAAAUGGAUGGUGUUCACCCAAAA